CCAACCAGAGAAGGUAGCAGUGAUGCUGACAGACUGCUCACAUGGAGAGAGUGAAGUGAGGAGUUUCCUGCAGUGUCUGCCUUUUAUCUCAGAGCUCGGGUUUGUUCCUGAGAUCUCAGAUCCUGAUGACCAAACCAGGUUCUUAGUGAAUCUGUUCUGUGCAGCAGCAGAGAGAGAACAGCAGACAGGAGAGAAGAUGCUGGAAACGUUAACAUCAGUCUGCAGAUAUAAAACAUUCCCCUUAUGUUACGGUGGUAAAGAUCAGGUUGACUUCCUGUUGGAUCUUUUCUCCCAGCUGAAGGACAGAGAGACUAAAUCAGGUCUGAGUCUCCUUCCAUCAUUACAGUCAGUUUUCCAAUCAGCUCCUGAAGUCUGGACCAUAAAGCUCUCAGAGAGAAAGACCUCCAUCCUCCUGGAAGUGCUGAAACUCCAACCAGAGAAGAAACCAGUGGAGCUGACAGACUGCUCACAUGGAGAGAGUGAAGUGAGGAGUUUCCUGCAGUGUCUGCCUUUUAUCUCACAGCUCAGGUUUGAUCCUUGGAGCUCAGAUCUUCAUGAACAAACCAGGUUCUUAGUGAAUCUGUUCUGUGCAGCAGCAGAGAGAGAACAGCAGACAGGAGAGAAGAUGCUGGAAACGUUAACAUCAGUCUGCAGAUAUAAAACAUUUCCUUUUAAUGACAGAUACAUGGCUAAUUUUAAAUAUGGACACAUAAAAUAUCAGAGUGACUUCCUGCUAGAUCUGUACUCCCAGCUGAAGGACAGAGAGACUAAAUCAGGUCUGAGUCUCCUUCCAUCAUUACAGUCAGUUUUCCAAUCAGCUCCUGAAGUCUGGAUCAUAAAGCUCUCAGAGAGAAAGACCUCCAUCCUCCUGAAAGUGAUGGAAUUCCAACCAGUAAUGGUGACAGACUGCCCACAUGAAGAGAGUGAAGUGAGGAGUUUCCUAAAAUGUCUGCCUUUUAUCUCACAGCUCAGGUGUAUACCAAGGUUUUUCCAGAGUGUUUGUUCGUCUCUAUCUGUGAGAUACAGAGAGGAAAUCCAGCAGCUGGUUUCUCUCCUGCAGCUUCUGAACUUCAAACUUUUUCUAAUAGGAGAGUUGAAUGAUAAAACCUGCGGGUCUGUGGGAAAAGUUCUCCCUCUCUGUGCAUCUAAAGUGGAUCUGAUCUUCACAGACAGCCGGAUGUCCGCCAGAGGAGCUGCUCUCCUCUUUAGAUCUACCACACAGCUCCACAGUCUGAGACUCUCCAACAGUCUGGUCCUGUUCCUGUCUCAGUGGGUGAGAAGAGGCAGAGUGACCUCUCCUCUGGUCCUGGAAGAGCUUUCUGUGGUUUCCACCAAAGCUCAGCCACAGAGAGUCUUGUUGAAGGUGGGCAGCAGUUUGGCGUCUCUGCUGAGGUUCUGGACGGUGGGACGGUUGGACCUGACCGAGUCCGGACUCCCCGCUCAGAGCCUGUUCAGCCUGCUGCUUCACGAUGCUCCUCUCAGACUCAGACUGAGGGAAGAGAAACUCCAGCAGCUUCUGGGUGUCCUCCACGAGGUCCAGGACCAAGACAGGACAUUCUCCCUCUUGAACAAGGUCGGCGGAGACCUGAGCUCCUGCCGGUUGAGCUGGGAGCUUCUUCACUUCCUGCUGCAGCAGCCGACAGCCCAGAUCAUCACCGUGAACCUGAGGAAGAACCAAUUCUUAGAGGAGAGAGCUGCUCAGCUGCUGCUCUUCCUGCACAGGCUGCUGAUUCUAAGGCCCAGUCCGAGUUUUGUCAGGACGUCCAUCAGGGAGAUCUUCAGGACUCACCCCAGUAACACGAUACCCUGGUUGCUGAGGUCACUGGAUCAUGUGAUCAACCUGAACUGCACUGAGCUGGACUCAAGGGACUGUGACGCUCUGCUGUACAUCCUCAGAUACAGCGACAGGAAACUGAGACUGAAGCUGGUGUGGAGCUCCAUCCCAGCAGAGGGAAUCCAGUCCAUCCUUUAUACGCUGCACACAGUUUUUAUCUCAGGUCAGAUAUCAGAUCCUGUCCUCAGUGUGGACAGGAAUGUCCUGCUGAGGUUCCUCCACUGCUGCGCUGCCUCUGACAGCCUCCAGGUGGCAGCAUCAGGCCUGCUGAGGACUCUAAAGCACAGGUUGGAUCUUUCCUGCUCCUCCUGCGUGGAGCUACCAGAGGAGGAGGAUCAGACGGAGCCUCUGAGGUUGACGGCCGCCGACUGCAGGGCCGUCUCCACCGUCCUGAGUCUCAGCAGCGGCGGGGACACACAGCUGGACCUGAGAGACUGUGAGGUGGAGGACAGCGGGCUGGACCUGCUGUUUCCUGUCCUGGACAGAGUCCGACUCAGAGUCAGUAAAACGGUCCUGGUCCAGCUUCUGUCUCUGCUGGCCGUGAACAAUCAGAGGGACACGGCGAGACGGGCGGCGUCCCUGUGCAGAGCCCUGGGAGGAGAAGUGGACCUGAGUCACUGUCCACUGGAUCAGAGGCUCUGUGGAGCUGUGGCUCUGCUGCUGGACUACUGUGAAGACGUAAGAGAGCUGGACCUCAGUCACUGCCAGCUGACAGACCAGCUACUGCUGCAACUCAGCGCACAUCUGCACAAAGUCCACAUCCUGGAUCUGGGUCACAAUCAGAUCACCGAUCUCUCCACUGAUUGGUUGCUCCGCCUGGUCUCCAUCAACCCCCUCGUUGGUUCUGUGAGACUCUUCAGCAACAACAUCAUCAACAAAACUCCUUUUAAGGACAACAGGAAGUUUGUAAUGUCUUGACGCAGCUGUCAACCAACAGGAAGUCCCUGUCUGGACCAUAAGAUGGACAUUGUGGCUUCUGACACUAAGCCAGUUUACAGAUGGAUGUUCCAUCAAAACACUAAUUUAAAUGCAAUUUUUUAAAAUUCUUAUAUCUGAAAAGAAAGUUUUUGACAUGUUUAUCUUAAAAUGUAAGUUUUGUACACAUAAGCGAGUGAGUUGUUUACUUUAUUUUACAAAUUGAAAAGGUUAAUGAGGUUUUACAUCAUGUGGUAAUUUAUUUUCACUUUAUUCUGAUGAUGUGCAAUUUGAUGACAUAAUUUAUGUACUAAUUUCAGGUCAACACUGAAUCUAAAGAAUUUUGGAAAGAUGUUGCGGUUUUCAAAUCAGGGAAUAUUAUUGCUGGGAUGCUUUAUUUAUUCAGACUCUACAGUCUUUUUUAAAAUUUUUGAAUAAUUUUACUGUGCAAUUUUCUUUUACCACAAGAUACAAACCGGACCUCAGAUAGAUGUGCUGUAUCUUAUUUAUUUAUCAUGUCAUUUAAUAAUUAUGUUAAAAUGCUGGUUCCUGGAAUAUGGUGAUUCAAUAAAGUUAUUAAUAAUC